AUGCAGUGGGUGUUCGAGAACAAGCUGGACCUGGUCUUCGUGGUGGUCUACCAGAAGAUCCUGCAGCUGCUGUACAUCGAAGAGCUGCUGGAGAUCGUCAAGAAGGACUUCAUCGCGCUCUUCCCGCAGCAGAUCGCCAACAAGACGCCCGUCAAGUACGAGGACAAGUUCACCAAGAUCCUCAAGGCCACGGAGCUCAAGUUCACGGAGAAACAGACGCGCAAGGGCCCGCGCGCCUUCAAUGCGUCAAAGAAGGCCAAGGCCAAGGGCGUCACGUCCAAUACAGCGGGCAAGACGGCGUCGUCAGCGCGGUCUGCGGCGACUGCAGAUUCGAGUGAAGAUGGCAGUGAUAGCCAUACGUCGGAUGGGAAGGACAAGGACCUGGAAGAGCUGGAGAACGAGGCAGCCCUGCGCUCGUCGAAGGUGCGCAAGAUGCGCACGGGUCCGCGUCGUAAGUGCAAGGACAAGGCCGCGAAGGAGUCCAAGAAGAGCGGCAAGAAGAUGACGAAAUGGGACGACACCAAGGUGACCAAGAAGGAGGCUGAGGCGUUGGACCGCUCCAAGAUGAUUACUGCUGAGGAGGAGGAGGCUCAGCUCCGCGAGAAGCGUGAAGCUUACAUUGGAGAAAUGGAAGAUAGCGACUCGGAAGAGUUUUCGGAUACUGACGACGAGUCCGCCGCUUCCUCUGGCGCGGAGUCUGAUGCGAGCAACAGCGGGUGGAGCUUUUCCAAGACGCGCCUCGGCAACUUCCUCAGCACUGUGUCCGGCAACAAGAUUCUCGAGCGCGAAGACUUGGAGCCCGUUAUCACGCCCAUGCACCAAAUGCUGAUCAGCAAGAAUGUGGCCUCGGAGGUCGCGGAUGAGCUGUGCGAGUCUGUCGUCACCACUGUGGUCGGUCAGAGACUCGAGAGCUUCACGCGCAUUUCCACUGUCGUGCGCAAGGCUCUGGAAGCCGCACUGCUGCGUAUCCUGACGCCGAAGAAGUCCACUGACGUGCUUCGCGAGAUCUUGCAGGCCAAGGCCGAGGGUCGUGCGUACAGCAUCGUCUUCGUGGGUGUGAACGGAGUUGGCAAGUCCACCAGCUUGUCCAAGGUUUGCUACUACCUGAAGUCCAAGGGCGUGAACGUUAUGAUCGCUGCGUGCGAUACCUUCCGUUCCGGCGCUGUUGAGCAGCUGAACCAGCACGCCAAGGUGCUGGACGUGGAGUUGUUCCAGAAGGGUUACGCCAAGGACCCGGCCUCGGUGGCCAAGGAGGCGAUCAAGUACGGCACUGAGAAUGGCUACGACUGCGUGCUGAUCGACACUGCCGGGCGCAUGCAAAACAAUGAGCCGCUGAUGCGUGCACUCGCCAAGCUGGUGUCUAACAACGAGCCUGACCUGGUUCUCUUCGUCGGAGAAGCGCUGGUGGGCAACGACGGCAUCGACCAACUGUCGAUGUUCGACCGGGCGCUUGCGGACUACUCCGACCGUCGCGUGCCGCACCGCAUUGAUGGCAUCGUCAUCACCAAGUUUGACACGAUCGAUGACAAGGUUGGUGCCGCGGUGUCGAUGGUAUACAAGACCGGCCAGCCGGUCAUGUUCGUGGGCACGGGUCAGAAGUACACGCACCUGAAGAAGCUGAACGUGCGCACGGUGUUGCGUCACCUUCUGCACUAA